UGUGACCCUUAGAUCUGCGAAUCUCGAUAGCGUUGACGCAUUCUUCCUCUCAGAUCCGGCAGGCUUCAAACAUUUUGAUUCACUUUGACACUAGGAUCAGGUGAUAAUCACUAUGGAAGCUUCACCGAGCAAUACCAUAGCGCUGACCGGAAUCGUUCUGGAACCGGUCUCAGGAGAUAAUUACCAAGACUGGAGCACCCUAGUGGAAAACUACCUAGCGGGUCAAGCUCUCUGGGACGACGUCGUUGCGGCUAGUUCUGAAGCAGCUCGUGACAAUCCCGAUUGGAAAUCCAAAAACGCAAAGGCUUUGCACGUCAUUCAACUCUCGUGCGGGUCUCGAACUCUUCCCUAUAUAAGAAAGUGCGAAACAGCGAAAGAGGCUUGGAAAAUCUUAAAAGCCCUCUUUGGUUCGGAGGAAUUAAGAGCCUCCGAGCACACUAAGGACAUAGAGCUAGGACCGCCUACUUCCAGUGAAAAGAAUAUUCAAGAUCUCCGCAAUGCAUUGAAGAAUGGCCUGUGGAAUGAGGCAAAAUCAAUUAUCGACAGUGAUAGAGAUAUUCUUUUCCAUACAUCUUCUGCCGGCAGAACCGUUCUUCACGAUGCUGUGAUUGCAGGGCAUGAGGUAACUGUGCAUGAACUAGUUAAACUUGGGAAUCAACCGUUGCUCACAAUGAAAGACGAGCGUGGAUACACAGCACUAGCUCUCGUUGCUCAAUUCAGUAAAAAUGUUGAGAUUGCAGAGUUGAUGAUUAGGAAUAGAGGGACUGAGCUGUUAGCAGAGGAGAACUGCGAAGGUGAGAUUCCGGUGCUUAUUGCUUCGGCUGAACAACACGAAGAAAUGACCCGCUGUCUUUUCCAUCAUACUCCUUGGUCUGUUUUGAUAAACGAGAACAAUCAAUUCCGAUAUGCCUUCGUGUUUCUUGAACGGUGUAUUUAUGCUCAAAUCUUCGAUAUUGCGGUAAUGUUGAUCAAACGUCAAGAAGCUAAACACUUCGACCUUCAUAAAUCUUAUUGUGCACUAGCUUCCAUCCCUUCUGCCUUUCGCAGCGGAAUCCAUCUUAGUUGGACACAGCAGUUUAUUUACAACAAUUUGUUGAUGCAGAGAAUCAAAGUCAACUUUGAAGACAAGAAUAUCGAAAUCGAACCUCGUGGUGGGUCACAAGAAGAAACGAAUGCAUAUGUUUUAAUAGGUGCAACAAGAGAUCAUUCCUCUCUCCCAAUGCGAUGUUUCGGUGGAAUUUUCCGACAAGUGCAACAGUUCAUUAAACCUUCAAUACUCCUAAAAUUCUUUGGUAUUUGGGAAACAUACGAGAUGAAAAAGAAGCAUUCCUUAGUACUUGUGAUUCUACAUGACUUGUGCUUAAGAACAAAGUCAUCCAAGCAAUAUGAGUGGGCAGCUGGAGAAGCAAUGUUACUGGCAGCGAAGAACGGAAUUAUUGAGUUCAUAGAUUCAAUGAGAAACGUAAAUUCUGACCUUUUAUUGAUUAUAGAUGAUAAUGGAAGAGGUCUACUUGCGCAUGCAAUUUUGAACCGUAAAAAAAAAAUGUUUGAAUUCAUGCUUGGAGUAAAAAAUUAUAAAGAAAUUUUUGCAUCUUAUUAUGAUAAGUUUGGAAAUAACAUAUUACACCUCACAGCAGAAUUAGGGAUUUCCUCUACUAGUGGAGGCAAAUAUAGCACAACUCUACAUUUGCUAAGAGAACUUCAAUGGUUCAAGGCUGUAAAAAGUAUUGUGCCUCGAGCGUGCUACGAAAGUAAAAAUGAAAUGGGUCUUACACCUUGUGUACUAUUUACCAUGAACCACGCAGAACUUGUGGAAGAUAGUAAACAAUGGUUAAAAGAGACAUCAAAUACUGGCACAACUUUUGGAACUGUUAUCAUUACUCUCAUGUUUGCUGCAGCCAUCACUGUCCCAGGGGGAAACGAUCAAAACAAAGGCACGCCCAUGUUUUUAGGCAAAGAAGCAUUUACUUUAUUUGCAGUAGCAGAUGCAAUAUCUCUAAUCACAUCUUUAUCAUCAGUCUUGGCUUUUUUGGCAAUCCUUACAUCAAGUUUUGCUGAGGAAGAUUUCAUGAAAAGCUUGCCCCUUAAGUUAUUUUUUGGCUUUGGAUUCCUAUUAUUGUCUGUGCUAUCCAUGGUGUGUGCUUUUUAUGCUGCCCUUAUUUCGAUGCUAAAUGGUUACCGCUGGAUUUUAGUAGCAGCCUUGUGCAUCACAGUUAUUCCAACCUCGUUAUUUAUCCCCUCUAUAUUGCGUCGGUCUACAAGAAUUCUAAGGUUCGCAAUUAUAUCUGGUUUUCACUCUAUAAAGAAUAUAAAGAGUCACUGA